AUGGACCCACCUGCCCCAGGUCCUGUGGGGACUGAAGCUACAAGCUGUCAGCCGCCGACUCAGCUCACGGUUACUGGGAAAAGAAAAGCUACAUGCGACGAAGCAUACACGACGGCGGACAAUGCCGCUACGAGCCGCAAUAUUACGGGGUCGACAGACACAGGCGACAAUAGACUGAACGUUGGAAGUGAUAUGCAAAGAAGAUCAUUUUCGUCGUGGCAAGCUUGUGAAGCAUAUCUGUCUGAAUACGAGGGACUGACAUUCCAGGUAAUGGCAAAAGUACAGACAGCAGUAGCGCGGAACAAAGCUAUUGAUUGCGAGAACUCUUCAGCUCGACUCAUCCCGCUAGAAUGGAAGUUCUACGCAAAGACCUACGAGUGCACACAUGCUGGGAUUUACCAAGCCAGAGGGGAAGGAAAGCGCUCUCGUCAGGAGUCACGCGCCUUGGACUGUAAAGCGCAGUUUAUCUUGUGUGUCCGCUGCAAUGGACAAAAUGGAGAGUUUACAUUGUGUGUGACCAAGACUACACUUGUGCAUAAUCACGCGCUAAGCCUUCGUACGUUCCAGCACUAUCCUUCAACGAGACUGGCAAUACCGAAUGAGGUUAUGGACACGGUCGAUGUUCUUCAGCGUUCUGGAGAAAAAAGCAAGAGGUUGCUCAAAUACAUCAGAGAGAAUUCAAGUUGUAAGGUAGUAGGGCGUGAUGUGCACAACUUGGUGGCUCGCCGUAAAGCCAGCGAAUCUGGCUCAAGCACAGUUGCGGACAGACUACACAAAUGGGUGGCGGAGUUUGCCAAUGAGCCUGGCAACAUCGGACGUGUUUUUGUGAGCACGGUAACUGAAAAGACUCGAGCAAUGCGUGAGAUGUUCAAACGAUUUCCCGAAGUCCUGCUCAUCGACGUCACCCAUGGAACCAAUGUAUCGAAGUACAAAGUGUUUUCAUUUAUGACACACGAUGCCUUUGGUCAUGGCCAAUACGUGCAGCACGCAGUUGUGCAGAACGAGGGCUACGAGACUUUGCUCACGGCAAUAGAGACUUUCAAAAAGCACAAUCCCGAUUGGACGAAAGUAGUAAUUGAUAGACUUCACAGAGAUGAGCGUUUUGAAGACGGCGUUUCCUGA